CAGCCAUAUUCUUUCUUGUGCUAAAAUCAUUCUCAUUCUCUUUUUCCUUUAUUCUUACAACAACUCUUUCUUGUGCUAACAUCUGCUUCAAAUUAUGUUCAACUCUGUGUUAGAAAGAACCCUACUCUUCAAACUACCAACUCUUCUUCAAUCUCUCAUCUUCUUCUGUAAAAGCUGAUUUUCUUAGAUCAACACAAUCUGGUUUUCGAAGUAUUUCACCGAAGUUCAUAACAUCUUCUUUUUCCGGGGAACCUAUAAAAGACUCAGACGCACGCAUUGAGUGAUCAGUACUGUCAGAUUGAUAGAAGGAAAGAAAUUACUAAUAGUAGUAAGAAGCUAAAACUCAACACGAAAGUGUCUAUUGUGAAGGAAUCAUGGAUGCAGUUGUCUCUACAACAACUGAAGGUGGCUUGAAAAUAGUAGGACAUGUGGUCAAACGACAACUGGGCUACUUUUUUAGUUAUAAAGACAAAUUUAAAGAAUUGGAAUUUUAUAUUGAGAAGUUGGAACAUAACAAGGAAAGACUACAACAUCGAGUUGACAAUGCAUUAAGGAAUGCAGAAGAAAUUGAAAAUGAUAUUCAACAUUGCUUAAAGGAAAUGGAUGAGAAGAUUAAAGAAUAUAAAAGUUAUAUUAACGAUAAAUGUCAUGAAAAGACAAUUUGCUCAAUUAGUUUUUUUCCAAAUAACUUCCGCUCGAGGUAUCAGCUAGGAAGAAAAGCUACAAAGAUGGUUGAUGAAAUAAUAAGAGACGAGCUUUGGAAAACUUCUAAAAUUGAGAAUGUUUCAUAUCGUGAAAGUCCAUCCACUAAUGUUGUUUUUUCAAACACUGGUUAUGAGAGCUUUGCAUCAAGAACUAGAACUAUGGAGAUGAUUAUGAAAGCACUGGAAGACUCUACAGUUGAUAUGAUUGGAGUUUAUGGGCCUGGUGGUGUGGGUAAGACCACUUUAGUCCUAGAAAUUGCUAAGAAAACUCGAGAAAAGAAGUUGUUCAAAACAGUGGUUAUGGCAAAUGUUACAAGAAAUCCCGACACUAAAAAAAUUCAAGGACAAAUUGCUGAUGUGUUAGGAAUGAGAUUGGAAGAGGAAAGUGAGAUUGCAAGAGCAGAUCAUAUUCGAAAGAGGUUAAAGAAUGAAAAGGAGAAUGUCCUUAUUAUACUUGAUGAUCUUUGGGAUGGAUUGGACUUGAAUAAACUUGGGAUUCCGUGUAAUGAUGAUAAUCUUGAUGAUGUAAGCCAAAAUGAGGUCAAUGACAUAUUUGAUGGUGGCUACAAUGAUAACAUAUCUAAUUUUGGUUACAAUAAGACUAAACCAAAAAAGUUGCCAGAAGUUUAUUUGAAUAAGAUGAAAAGGGAAAAAUUAUCUAGUAGUUACAAAGGAGGCAAAAUUCUUCUUACAUCUAGAAAUAAACAAGUGUUGUGUAACCAAAUGGAUGUGCAAUUGAGUUCAACUUUUUCUGUUGGAGUGCUUGAAGAAAAGGAGGCAGAGACUUUGCUUAAGAAAGUUGCUGAUGUAAAAAAUUCUGAAUUUGAUAGGAAUGCUACUGAAAUUGCUAAAUGGAGUGCCGGAUUUCCCAUAGCAUUAGUUUCCAUAGGAAGGACACUAAAGCAUAAAAGCUUAUCCACAUGGGAUGAUGUUUGUCAACAAAUUAAAAGACAAAGUUUUACAGAAAAAUGGGGAUUCACUAACUUCUCUAUAAAGUUAAGCUAUGAUUAUCUAGAAAAUGAGGAGCUCAAGUGUAUUUUCUUACACUGUGCAAGAAUGGGAAAUGAUGCUUUGAUUAUGGACUUGGUGAAAUUCUGCAUUGGUUUAAAUUUGCUUCCAGGAGUCGACACUAUUACAGAAGCAAGGAAGCGAGUAAAGGAGAUGAUACAUGAGCUAGAAGAAUCAAGUUUGUUGGUGAGAAGUUAUUCUAUUGAUCGCUUCAACAUGCAUGACAUUGUGAGAGAUGUUGCUCUUUUAAUAUCAUCUAAAGAAAAACAUGUGUUCUUUAUGAAAGAUGCCAUACUUGAUGAGUGGCCUCAUGAAGAUGACGUUAAAAGGUACACUGCCAUUUUUUUACUCUAUUGUGACAUCAAUGAGCUUCCUGAGAGUAUACAUUGUCCUAGACUUGAAGUCUUGCAUAUUGACAAUAAAAAUGAAUCUUUAGAAAUACCAGAUCACUUUUUUGAAUCUAUGAUUAGAUUGAGGGUGUUGGUUUUGACCAAUGUAAAUCUUUCUUGCUUACCCUCAUCAAUUAAAUGCCUAAAAAAAUUGAGAAUGCUUUGUUUGGAGAGAUGCACUUUAGAAAAGAACUUAUCAAUCAUUGGUGAGUUAAAGAACUUACGAAUUCUUAGUCUUUUAGGAUCUAAUAUUGAAAAUUUGCCUCCUGGAUUUGGUCAAUUGGAUAAACUUCAGCUUUUUGACAUAAGCAAUUGCUUAAAACUGAGAGAAAUUAGGUCCAAUAUCAUACCAAGGAUUAACACAUUAGAGGAAUUUUAUACCAGAGAUAGUCCGAUACUAUGGGCUGAGGAAAAUAUCAAAAGUGAAAAUGCUAGUUUGUCUGAGUUGAGGCACUUGAAUCAAUUGCAAAAUCUAGACAUACGCAUUCAAAGUUCUUCCCAUUUUUUGCAAUUGUUUUUUGACAAUUUGAAUAGUUACAAGAUUGUCAUUGGUGAGUUCGACUUUCUUAACUUGCUUAAAGUGGGAGAAUUCAAAAUUCCUGACAAGUACGAGGAGGUGAAAUUUUUGGCAUUGGACUUAAAAGAAGGUAUUGAUAUUCAUUCUGAAACAUGGGUUAAAAUGUUGUUCAAAAGUGUUGAAUGUUUACUACUGGGAGAACUCAAUGAUGUUCAAGAUAUUUACUAUGAAUUAAAUGUGGAAGGAUUUCCAAAUUUGAAACAUUUAUCCAUUGUAAACAAUUUUGGUAUUAAGUAUAUUAUCAACCCAGUGGAUCAAUUUCAACUUUUAUUUGUUUUUCCCAAAUUGGAGUCCAUAUGGCUUUACAAAAUGGAUACUUUGGAGAAAAUAUGUGGCAAUUGGCUUGCAGAGACCUCUUUCCGCAGUUUAAAAGUCAUCAAGAUUAAAACAUGUGUUAAAUUGGUAAACCUUUUCCCAUUUUCCAUUGUUAGACUUCUCAUUGCGCUUGAAACAAUUGAAGUGUAUGAUUGUGAUUCUUUCAAGGGGAUAGUUUCAGAAGAAAGACAAACUCAUACUGUCAUUGAUGACAAGAUUGAGUUUCCCCAAUUACGACUUCUAACGUUAAAUUCUUUACCAAUAUUUACUUGUUUAUAUGUCAUUGAUAAGAUGUUUGGUAGUCCACAAUCAUUGAAAGACCUGCAAGAUAUAAACAAGGAUAUUGUCACUGACGUUGAGAACAAGGUCACCAAUUCUUGCCUUCCACUCUUCAAUGAAAAGGUUUCGUUUCCCAAGUUAGAAUGGUUGGAGUUAUCCUCACUCAACAUUAAAAAGAUAUGGAGUGAUCAAUUUGACCAUUGUUUUCAAAAUUUGCUCACAUUGAAUGUCAUAAAUUGUGGAAAUUUAAAGUAUUUACUAUCAUGCUCCAUGGCCGGAAGUCUAGUGAAUCUUCAAAGCCUCUUUGUAAGUAAAUGUGAAGUGAUGGAGGAUAUAUUUCAUUCAGAAGAUGUAGAGUAUAUUGAUGUUUUUCCAAAGUUGAAGAAAAUGGAGAUCAUCUGCAUGGAGAAACUUGCCACCAUUUGGAAAUCCCAUAUUGGUUUGCAUUCCUUUUGUAGUUUGGACUCUUUGAUAAUAAGAGAGUGCCACAAACUUGUUACAAUUUUUCCAAGCUAUAUGGGGCAAAGAUUUCAAAGUCUUCAUAGUUUAAUAAUUACAAAUUGUAACUUGGUAGAAAACAUAUUUGACUUUGCGAAUAUUCCACAAACUUGUGAUCUAAUUGAAACAAACUUGGAUAACAUAAUUCUAGAAAUGCUGCCAAAUUUGGUGAAUGUAUGGAAGGAUGACAUUUGCAAAAUACUAAAAUAUAAUAACUUGAGGAGCAUUAGAGUUUUCAUGAGUCCAAAUUUAAAAUAUAUAUUUCCACUUUCUGUUGCCCUUGAUCUAGAAAAAUUGGAAGUCCUUGAGGUACAUAUUUGUUGGGCAGUGAAAGAGAUUAUUGUUUGGGACAAACAUUCGAGCGAAAAUGUUAUCAACUUUAAGUUCCCUCGUCUAAACACUCUAUCAUUGAUGGACUUAUAUGGGUUGAGAAGUUUCUACUCAAGAACUCACACUUUAGAGUGGCCACAAUUGAAGAAAUUGGAUAUAGUUGAUUGUAGCAGGUUGGAAGGGCUGACUUCAAAAAUCACAAAUUCACAAGUGCAACCAAUUGUUUUAGCUACAAAAAAGGUGAUAUACAACUUGGAGUAUAUGUCAUUUAGCUUGAAAGAAGCAGAAUGGUUACAGAAGUACAUUGUUAAUGUUCACAUAAUGCACAAACUAGAAGGACUUUCCUUGUAUGGAUUAAAGAAUAAUCAAAUUCUAUUUUGGUUUCUUCAUAGACUUCCCAAUUUGAAAAGGUUAAAAUUGGGACUCAGUAACUUGAAAAGGAUUUGGACUCCUCAAAGUCUUAUUUCACGUGAAAAAAUAGGUGUUGUUAUGCAACUUAAAGAGUUGGAAUUAAAAUGCAUUUGGCCUUUAGAAGAGAUUGGAUUUGAGCAUAAUGUGCUUCUUCAAAGGGUAGAAUGCUUGAUCAUUCAACAAUGUACAAAAUUGAGAAAUCUAGCGUCAUCCCCGAUAUCUUUUAGUUACUUACGAUAUUUAGAAGUGACAAACUGUAUGAUGAGGAAUUUAAUGACAACCUCAAUUGCAAAAACCUUGGUUCAACUCAACACGAUGAAAGUAAUUUCAUGUCCAAUGAUUGUGGAAAUUGUUGCAGAUAAUGUAGAGGAAAAAGUGGAAGAGAUUGAGUUCAAGCAAUUGAAGUCAUUAGAAUUGGUGUCUCUACAAAAUCUCAUAAGUUUCUCUAAUGUCAAGAAUUGUGACAUAAAAUUCCCACUACUAGAAAAAUUAAUAGUGAGUGAAUGCUUUCAAAUGACAAAAUUUUGUGAAUUGCAAAGGACUCCAAAACUACAAAAAAUACAUGUUGUAGUCGAAGAAAAAGAGAAAUGGUAUUGGGAAGGUGAUUUGAAUACAACUCUGCUGAAACAUUUCAAGGUUGCUCUUGAAUAUUUAAAGCAUGUAAGACUUAUUGAUUAUCCUGAGACGAAAGGUGUCCGGUACGGUAAACCUAUUUUCCAAGACAACUUGUUUAAUUGUUUACAGAAAUUGGAAGUUGAUGCAGCAUUUAAAAGGGAUAUUUUGAUUCCUCGUCACGUACUUCCUUACUUGAAGAACGUAAAAGAAUUGCUUGUGCAUGAUUCUGAUACCGUACAUGUAAUAUUUGAAAUUGAUGAGACUGAUGUCAAAACGAACGGAAUGGUCUUUCGUUUGGAAAAACUUACUUUAACAAACUUGCCAAAUUUGAAAUGUGUGUGGAAUGAAAAUCCCAAAGAAAUUGUUAACUUUCCCUAUUUACAAGAAGUAUAUGUCAAGGGUUGUGGAAGCUUGGUAACACUGUUCUCUUUAUCCCUUGCCAAAAAUCUUGAGAAGCUUAAGAAACUUGAAGUACAAGAGUGUGAGAAAUUGGUAGAAAUAGUUGAAAAGGGAGAUGCAAUGAAACAUGGAACAACGGUUAUAUUUAUAUUCCCUUGUUUGUCCAUUCUAAUUCUUUCCAUUAUGCCACUCUUGAGUUGUUUUUAUCUCGGAAAACAUCAUCUAGAAUGUCCCUUGUUAGAUACAUUAUAUAUCAGUUAUUGUCCUCAGUUGAAGCUAUUCAUAUCAAACUUAGAUGAUGGUCAAAAAGGAGCUAUAGAGGCUCCAAUUAGCCCAGCACAACAACCUCUGUUCUCAAUUGAAAUAUUGGCUUCUUCCAAAUUGAAGAAUCUUCAACUCAAUGUGAAAAACAUUAUGUUGUUGAGUGAUGCACAAUUGCCACCAGACCUUCUUUACAAGUUAAAGGUUCUUUGGUUGUGCUUUGAGGAUUAUAACAAUGAGAAAGGUACCUUGCCUUUUGAUUUCUUUCACAGGGUACCCAAUUUAGAACACUUUAUUCUACAAACAUGCUCUGGUGUGAAAGAGAUAUUUCCCGCUCAAAAGCCUCAAGUUCACGACACAAUAUUUAAAGGAUUGAAACAAUUAUUCUUGAAUGUGGUACCAGAUUUAGAUUGGGUAGGGUUAGAGCACACAUGGGUACAACCAUACUCUGAAAAGCUUGAACUAUUACAGCUUUACCAUUGUCGUCGAGUAGAAAAAAUAGUUUAUUGUGCAGUGUCUUUCAUCAAUCUUAAAGAGUUACAAGUGGUACACUGUGAAAGGAUGGUGUACUUAUUCACAUUUUCAACACUCAAAACUUUGGUGAAACUUGAGACCCUAAUUGUAGGGGAGUGUGAAUCAAUCAAAGAAAUUGUAAAAAAUGAAGAUGAAGAUGGUUGUGAUGAGAUAGUAUUUGAACGACUCACAUUGAUUCAACUGAAUUGCUUACCAAGACUAGUGAGCUUUUAUUCAGGAAAUGCCACUUUGCAAUGCUCGUGUCUCAACAACGUGUUGGUAACUGAAUGUCCCAAUAUGACAACAUUCUCCCUAGGAAUCAUUAAUGUGACAAGUUUUAAGAACAUUCAUACAUCAAUUGAGGAUUCUGAUUUACUCUUGGAGAAUGAUCUCAACACAGUAAUCGAGAAGUCAUUUCACACAAAGGAUUUUUUUGACUAUUCAAAGCGAAUGAUUCUAGAUGAUUAUCUUGAGAGGACAGGAGUGCAACACAAAAAUCCAGUUAUUUCGAUUAACUUCUUUGGCAGUUUUAAGAAAUUGGAAUUUGAUGCAACAUGCAAGAGAGUUAUUGUAAUUCCAUCUCAUAUACUUCCUUACUUGAGGAACUUAGAAGAAUUGAAUGUGCAUAGCUCCGAUGUAGUGCAAGUAAUAUUUGACACUGAUGAGACUGAGGUUGAGACAAGGGGAAUAAUCUUUGGUUUGAAAAAACUUACUUUAAAACACUUGUCAAAUUUAAAAUGCGUAUGGAAGAAAAAUCUCGAAGGAAUUGUGAGCUUUUCCAAUUUGGAAGAAGUGAAUGUUGAUGGUUGUGGAAGCCUAGUAACAUUAUUCCCUUUAUCACUUGCCAAAAAUCUUGGAAAGUUGUGGUCACUUGAAUUAAAGAGGUGUGAGAAAAUGGUAGAAAUAGUUGGAAGGGAAGAUAAUGGAACAACAAUAAUGUUUGAAUUCCCUCGUUUGUCAUUUCUAUAUCUUAAAAACAUGCCACUGUUGAGUUGCUUUUACCCUAGAAAACAUUAUCUAGAAUGUCCCUUGUUAGGUUCGUUACUUGUGGAAUGUUGUCCUAAGCUGAAGCUAUUCACAUCAGAUUCUGAUGACAGUCAUAAAGAUGAAGUUAUAGAGGCUCCAAUUAAGCCGCUACAACAACCUUUAUUCUCGAUUGAAAAGGUUUCUCCCAAACUAAUGGGAUUGACACUGAAUGAGGAAAACAUUAAGCUUAUGAGUGAUGCACGUUGGCCACAAGACCUUUCUAAAUUAUUCAUUCUUAUACUGUCCUUUGAGGAUGAUAACAAUGGGAAAGAUAGUUUGCCUUUUGAUUUCUUUCACAAGGUACCCAAUUUAUUUUAUCUUACAGUACAGAAAUGGUUUGGCAUGAAGGAGAUAUUUCCCUCUCAAAAGCUUCAAGUUCACGACAAUGUACUUGCUGGAUUGAAACAAUUAUCUUUGUGGGAAUUAAGUGAGUUAGAGUCUAUAGGUUUAGAGCACACGUGGGUACAACCGUACUCCACAAAGCUUGAAUGGUUAAAGCUUGGAACUUGCCCUCGGGUAGAAAAAAUAGUUUCGUGUGCAGUGUCUUUCAUCAAUCUUAAAAAGUUGUCUGUGAAGCACUGUGAAAAGAUGGAGUAUUUAUUCACAUUCGCAACACUAAAAAGUUUGGUGAAACUUGAGACUCUAAGCAUAAAGGAGUGUGAAUCAAUCAAAGAAAUUGCAAAAGAGGAAGAUGAAGAUGGGUGUGAUGAAAUGGUAUUUGGACGGCUAAGAUCAAUUAAGCUGAAUUUCUUACCAAAGCUAAUAUGCUUUUAUUCAGGAAAUGCCACAUUGCAAUUUUCAUAUUUGAAAACUGUGAUGGUAGCUAAAUGCCCCAAUAUGAAAACUUUCUCUGAAGGAGUCACAAAAGUGCCAAUAUUUUUGGAGAUUAAAACAUCGAAGGAUUCUGAUUUAACCUUUCACGAUGAUCUCAACACAACUAUCCAAAGGUAAUCUAUCAGCCAUGACAGUAAUGAGUAUAUGAAGUUCUUCUUCCUGAGGCGUUUGGGUUGAUAUUAACAUAAAGAAGAAGAAGAGAGGUUGAAUACAAACGAAGUUGCUGCUGAUAUGGAUAGGUUAACCAGGACUUCCGCAGUUCAAUCAGAGGUGGAGGAAAAGAAAGACGAUAACUAUUUCAUAGUAAUAUUACGAAGAAGAAAAGUUUGUCUUUUUUUAGAUUUUCAAGUGGUUGAAAUAUGAAUAACUACACAGCCAUCUAUUGUGUAUUGUGUGCUAUUAAGUGAGAUGAUAUAUUAAGUGUGUAUGUAUGUCUGAAGUUGAAUACUUUGAAGAUUGAACUUCCUACCAA